AUGGGCUAUCAGAACUACACAGGGGGAAACUGUGGUCCAGAGCAGAGAUGGAGACCUCCAGGCGCUCUAGAGGCUGUUCGACUUCGGCUCCCCUUGACCCUUGCCACUGGCCAUGUGGGCAGGGCCGCCCCGGCCCCCGAGGGCCACCGAUGCCCCAUCCCUGACUUCGAGGAAACGGCGGCAUCUGCCAAAGGCAGCACGAAGAGGACACGCCUCGUUCCUGGGCCUCUUGCGCUGCAGGUUGCAGGUCAGACUGCCAAUCCGUUUUCUCCACCAGGAAUCCUAGAGAUCCUUUGGAAUCCGGAUCUUUCUUCUCUUGUUCCGAGGAGCAGUGAGGCCGAGUCCGAGCCCAAGCUCGAGUCUGCGACCCCACGCGCUCCCACGGCCACGAAGGCCACGAAGCCCUCCGCUCAAUUCUGCUCCGCUUUGGGGGGCUUACCUGGCACGGCGGCCGGCGCGCUCUCCCUCCGACGAAGUGGGCCGGCUUCCUCGACCGCUGCGUGGGAAGAACUCCUCGGCUGUGUCUCCGCCUGCGAGUCGAGGGAGGAGUUCGUGGCCGGGGCGAGCGGCGGCGGAGAAGGAAGAGCUGCGCCCCGAGCAGACGGCGCCUUCGCUCAGAAACAGGAGACAAAGUUUCUUCAGAGGGAAUGA